AAGCUAUGUGUUCCGCCGCAGUUAGCUUGAUGUUUCUCAGUUGGGGAGUUCACACACAACUACUUGGCAAAGGAAUGCAGCACUCGUAGCCAGCCGUACUGAAAUCUGAAGGCGUUACUCCCAUCAUCAUCAUCAUCAUAAGAGUCAACACACCAUGGCUGGCUUCAGACAAGAGGAUGUUGAGUUGUACUAUGAGAUGGGAGAGGAGCUGGGGAGUGGACAGUUUGCCAUCGUCCGUAAGUGCAAGGAGAAGAGCACAGGCGUCGAGUAUGCAGCCAAGUUUAUCAAGAAGCGGCGCCUGUCAUCCAGCCGGCGGGGGGUGAGCCGGGAAGAGAUUGAACGCGAGGUCAACAUCCUGCGUGAGAUCCAGCACAGCAACAUCAUCACCCUGCAUGACAUCUUUGAAAACAAGACGGAUGUGAUCCUGAUCCUGGAGCUGGUGUCUGGAGGAGAGCUGUUCGACUUCCUGGCAGAGAAAGAAUCUCUGACCGAGGAGGAGGCCACGCAAUUUCUCAAGCAGAUCUUGGACGGCGUUCAGUAUCUCCACUCCAAACGCAUCGCUCACUUCGACCUCAAGCCUGAGAAUAUCAUGCUGCUGGACAAGAAUGUCCCCAACCCCCGGAUCAAGCUGAUAGACUUUGGGAUCGCUCAUCAGAUCAAAGCUGGAAACGAGUUCAAGAACAUCUUUGGAACACCAGAGUUUGUUGCACCAGAAAUAGUCAACUACGAGCCACUUGGACUGGAGGCAGACAUGUGGAGCAUUGGUGUCAUCACGUAUAUUCUGUUGAGCGGUGCCUCGCCGUUUCUGGGCGAGACCAAACAAGAGACGCUGACCAACAUCUCAGCUGUCAACUACGACUUCGAUGAGGAGUAUUUCAGCAACACCAGCGAGCUGGCGAAGGACUUCAUACGCCGUUUGCUAGUCAAGGAUCCUAAGAAAAGAAUGACAAUUGAUGACAGUCUUGAGCACCCCUGGAUUAAGGUGAUUAAGAGGCGGAACGUACGCCAGGAGGACAGAGAUCACAAGACUGAACGCCGGCGCCUGAAGACUACUCGUCUCAAGGAGUAUACCAUCAAGUCCCACUCCAGCAUGCCUCCGAACAACACCUACGCCAACUUUGAGCGCUUCUCCCAGGUGCUCGAGGAGAUUGCGGCGGCCGAGGAAGGCCUGAAGGAGUUGGAGCGCAACCAGCGGUCUUGCCGCGAGGACGUGGCGGCGUUGCUGUCGAUAUAUGAGGAGAAGGAGGGGUGGUACAAGGAAGAGAACCAGAGCAUCUCUGGCGACCUGAACCACAUCCGCCAAGAGCUGCAGCGCACGCAGACGCAGCGCAAGAAGUGCCAGGAGGACGCACGGGUCACUAUGCAGUCGGCCAACAUCCUCAAGCGCAAGUUCGGGCGCCUGGAGAACCGCUACGAGGUCCUGGCCGAGCAGGUGGCCUCCGAGGUCCGCUGGGUGGAGGAGCUGGUGAAGUCGAUAUCGGCAGAGAAGGACGGCCUCAGCUCUGGCAGCACGCCGUGAGCGGCACUGACAUCCAGCCGUGAGGGUUUCAUCAUCAAGCUUUCCUACUGCCCGUCGUCUCUGCUCAUGCACCACACGGCAGAGUUUGAGGGGUCAGUCGUCAUCAUAAGCUACGCCGCUGUCGCCCAUCAGAAAAAAGAAAAAAAAAAAUCCACUACUUUUAUGUCACGUUUAUGAGAACGAGAAGCAGAGAGGCAACAUGUGGAAGCCAUUCCUCUUUGAAAAAUCAUUCCUGUGUCAAUGAAUUUAUUUAUAUUUUUAGUAAUUUCAUGUACUGUAAUUCAGCUGUUUGCUUGUUUUGGGGUUGUUUUUGUUUUUACACAUAGAAAUGAAUUCAUUUGUUUACUUGGUUAUUAUUAUACCUGCUUAUUAUUUUAAAAACCGGUCUUAACUUCCUGUUGCUUUAAAAGCCAUCGCUCUCCAAUCAUCUGUUCCCGCCUCAGGUCACAUGAGAAAGCUUCACAAUAUUCGGUGUAUAGUUUCAGGUUUGUGAGGCAUUAGGUGGUAUUUAUUUUUUGUCUUUUUACAUUUCAAAUGACUUUAAAUUCAUAUUUGGGAAGUGUAACUAUAAAUUAUGCAAACCCUCAGCACAAAAUAAAGUUUUAGGGCUUUAUUUUAAUGUCUGAUUUUUUUCUGCUUAUUAUUUUUUUUAUUUUUUUUAUUUUAGAAGUCUAUUGAACAUUUCCGGGAAAAAUAAACUGAUUACAGAUCAAACAGAGGCAGUUUUUAGACUUUAGGGUUAGUUUUUCAUAAGUUAUGUUACCAGAGGGGUUUUUUUGUGCACCUCAAAGACAUUUUAAUGCAAAAGAAAUCACCAGCAAAGUAGUGCAAUAAUUAUUUUUAAACAGUUUUAUUUCAAUCAGAGACUUUGUUUAAAAUAAAAGUAAAUUUAUUUUUGAUUAAUUAGUGAAAGAGUUGAUUUACAGUCAUUUUUUUGUUAAUGUUGCGAAAUGUUAUUUUAUUUUAUUUUUUUUAUCUUUUCCUUUGUUUUUCUUAAAGUCAAAAUAGUCUGGAAGAGUGUCUCUGUUUUACCUGUAAUUGGUAUCAAUUUACAUGUUUUUUUUUUUUUCCCAGUAAGGGAAUAAUUUGUAAAAUGUUCUUGUUUCUUGGAUGAAAUGGAGCAGUGGGAAAACCAGAUCUGGGAAAUGUAUAUACUCGUCUUUGCAGUGCCUGUAAUCUGAUUGACCUUAUUGCCUCUGUGAGCACUCAUCCGUCACCCAGUGAACAUCAUCUGCUCAGUGUCUUAAAACGCAGUGACUUUUGCACAAGCAGCCUUGUAAACCAAAUAGUGUGCAUGGAAACUUCGUACGUAUGCUCUAAAUCCCUGCGCACCUUAAAUGCUCCAUCGAUGAGUUCCUCAUUCAGCCGACACAUUCCACGUGUAAAGCAUAGAAGGCAUUGUUGUAUAGUCCGUAGUAUUUUUCUGUAGAGAAAUGUACCCAUUUGCACUUAUAUGAGUGUAGAGGAAUUUUAAAAUGUAUUUUAAUCUGUCUGUUGAUUUAAGAAAGAGCUGUAAAACCAUCUGUCCAGACUGUUUCAAGCAAAUAAAACUGACACGUUAACCAAA